UGGUGACUUAUUAUAUGGAGAUGGCCGCGCUUGCCCCGCUGCCCCCACUGCCCCCCCAGUUUAAGAGCAUACAGCAUCAUCUGAGGACGGCGCAGGAGCAUGACAAGAGGGACCCUGUGGUGGCCUAUUAUUGUCGCUUAUAUGCAGUGCAGACUGGAAUGAAGAUUGAUAGUAAAACUCCUGAAUGUCGUAAAUUUUUAUCGAAACUAAUGGAUCAGUUAGAAGCUCUUAAAAAACAGUUGGGUGAUAAUGAAGCUGUUACUCAAGAAAUAGUUGGUUGUGCCCAUUUGGAAAAUUAUGCUUUGAAAAUGUUUUUGUAUGCAGAUAAUGAAGAUCGUGCUGGGCGAUUUCAUAAAAACAUGAUCAAGUCCUUCUAUACUGCAAGUCUUUUAAUAGAUGUCAUAACAGUAUUUGGAGAACUCACUGAUGAAAAUGUAAAACACAGAAAGUAUGCAAGGUGGAAGGCAACAUAUAUCCAUAAUUGUUUAAAGAACGGUGAGACUCCUCAAGCAGGACCUGUUGGAAUUGAUGAAGAAGAUAAUGAUGUUGAAGAAAAUGAAGACGCUGGAGCAGCCUCUCUGCCCACUCCACCGCUGCAGCCAUCCUCUUCUUCAACGUAUGACCCAAGCAGCCUGCCGUCAAGCAGCUACACUGGGAUACAGAUUCCUCCCGGCGCACACGCUCCAGCUAAUACACCGGCAGAAGUGCCUCACAGCACAGGUGUAACAAGUAAUACUAUCCAACCUACUCCACAGACUAUUCCAGCCAUUGAUCCGGCACUUUUCAAUACAGUUUCCCAGGGGGACAUUCGUCUAACACCUGAGGAUUUUGCUAGAGCUCAGAAAUACUGCAAAUAUGCUGGCAGUGCUUUGCAGUAUGAAGAUGUGAGCACAGCUGUGCAGAAUCUACAGAAGGCUCUCAAGUUGCUGACGACAGGCAGAGAAUGAAGAACGAAACCUUUGUACAAUAGAGUCGUGUAUUUGGAGCCUAAAGAAAUAACAGGCGGCUGCUCUCUCUUCAGCCUCUCAAGAGCA